ACCGCGUUAUUGUUUACCCGCGCGACUUGUAUCAGUCGGACAGCAAUAUUAUAUUAUUUUUAGCGGUCGGCGUUUUGAUUAGUGUUAUUUUUCCAAUAUAAGCGUUAAACUUUUCCAUAUUUUUGUGUUUUCUAAUGAUUAAUCAACCGCGCAAUUACACUUUACGGCGAAUAAAUGGAAGCGAUGCUGUUUAUUUCUUUAUGACGUAUUUGUUUUAAUUACCUCCCGAUCAAUGGAAUAUUUAAUUAAAGUGUUUUGGUGGUACCUUAUGAAUUGAACUAUUAUGAAAAAAGGUAGUCCUUGUUCAUCAAAUAAUUUUUGGGAUAUCGUUCCAGAAGUAGAUCAACACGAAGUUCGGUACUCAGAAUAUAUUAUACGGACGCCAAAACGCAAAUCUCUCGACAAAAGAAAACGAUUAUCAUACGGGGUUGGACCGUUGAUCGAAAGUGAAAUUGACGAUGAUGGCAACACACCCAACUAUGCAGAAUACAUAAUAUUGCACUCGCCUGAGAGAGAUGAAAGCAAUGCACCCAAUACAUCCAAUGCUGAAGGAUUGCCCAAAACCAAGUCUAAACGAAAGAAAAAUAUUGAAGAACUAAGUUUCGUUGACGUUGUUCGCCUAAUGAAGGGUAUUACGGUUAAAUCAAUAACCAAGUUCUUGGAUAAACAUCAACACGAUUUCAUAAAACUAAAACAAAAUCCCCCUGAUCCUACAUAUUUACAAACCGCUUAUAAUUUGUACGAGAAAAUGUUCAAUGCAGGUCAAAAAGUUUCAAUGUACGUUACCCUCAAAAGUUUUUUCAAUAUACCUCCUCAUCAAUUUACAGGAACACAAUUUUUGUUUGACGUGAUGGUACGAGAGGCAGCGGUUUUAUUGUUUCAAAAAAAAUUCAAACUGAAAAGUAAAAAGAUUGCUAUAGAUAAAUUUCUAUUUCUAUCGUUUUCAGACUUGAAAUGAAACAAUUGCCUUAUUUUGGAUGUUUGCAAAAUAUGUGCCUUAUGUUUUGAGUAUUCAUACUUCAUAUCUAUGUAACUUGGUAUUAAUAUAAUCAAAGCCCUACUAGUAUUUUGUUCGAAGUGUCAACACAAUAUGAUUUGUUAUUCUUGAUUUGACUUUUUAUUUAUUAAUUUCAUUAUUUAAGACUGCCACCAACAUUAUUCUUGUAAAAAUGUAUAAAGCUCAUAAUUAUUUUUUACGUGUUUAAGUACAAAAUCUAGUCUUUAGAAAUUAUUAUUUUGUUAUUCAAAACUUGAUAAGACUUCUUUAUUCAAACUUAUUUGGUUAUGAUUAAAUCGGUAACUUAGGUCUAACUGGGUUAAUAUUGUCUCUCUCAAAUCAUCUCUCUUCAACACAUUUUUCUUUAAAAACAUUGAUUAACUUGUAUUUUGUUUGUCAAAACUUAUUAAAAUAAUUAAGAAAAAAUUAGUUGAUUUAAUUUUUUUGUUUCAUGUUUAAAAGCACUUAUCGUUCAGAAUAUUUUAGCAUUGUCAGAUAAUACUAUUACAUGUUUUGUAUUGAAAAUGUUAAUUGUUUAAAAUUUUAAUUAUGUUAAUAGAUAAAUUAUUGUCACAACUUAUACAUAGAUAAUACAUUUUGGUUGUAAAAAAUUGUAAUGACAGUAGCUUAAUCGCUUGGAGGACUUAAGUGAUAUCAUAAUAAAAACAACAAAUACAAAUUAAAAAUGAAAUACAUUUUUAUUUUUUGUUUAAAGUAAUAAUAGUUUGAUAUAACUUGAUUUAAAAUUUAAAAUAAUAUUUGCUUUAAAUGCAUUUUUAAGAGACUGUUAUAAAUAAAAUGUUAUUUUAAACAUUAAAAAAAAAAAUCUAUUUCAUUUUACUUUUUAAAUUGUUUUUUUAUGUGAAUCAUAAUUUGAACUAAUGUUUCUAUUUUAAAUUGAAAAUAAUAAAUUUUAAAAAUUUCAAGUCAUUAGAGUUUUUUUAUUAAGGCCAUGUUAAAAUUAAUUACUCGUAUAUGUAUCGAUCAUUUUAGCACUUGUAUGACUGUCCUCUAGGCGAUACCUAACCUAACUUUACUACAUAAUGUUAUGUUUUGAUUAAAUAUAGUCAGAUGAGAGUAGAAAUUUGUAAACCACUGAUUGUAAAUGUAAUGUUUUUAAGGAAGUAAUUAGGUAACGAUUUUGUAUAACUUUAAUCGAUUGUGUGUAAUAUCAAAGUGCUACAAUAUUGAAACUCAUCAAAAAUUAAAAUAGUUGUGUUUACUUGGAUGAAAAGAAAAUCAUCUAACUCAUUUGUUUAUAUUAUGAUUGUCUUUUUUAUACCCUAUUCACUAUAAUAUAUUUAUUAUAAUUUUCAAUUGCAUGUAAAAAAAAAAAAAACUAUAAAGUA